CCAACGAGGAACCAGUAAGAUGAACAACUAACCCUUCCAAAACUAGAGGUUGCAAAGGCAAACGAUUGGGGAGGAGAGAGAAAGAGAGAGAAGCAGAGAGAGAGAGAGAAGACAGCUUUGUAGGAGGCAGCUGAGGAAGGAAGGGGUCCACUUUCUAGGAUGGAAAAACCAGAAUGAAACAGCUUUUCUCCUCCUUUCCUUUGAGAACCCUAUUAGGUUCUUCAUUCAGGGUUGUGAAUUGUUGCGUCGAGCAGUUAGCGGAGAGGUGGAGUCUCCGUCUGUUUUUGACAAAAAUAUUGGUCGAAAGUUGAUCGGAAAAUGGCUUCAGCCCCUGCAACUGCUCCGCCAAAUUCUUCGGCACCACCUACUCUAUCACCGCCACCAUCCUCCGGCGAUUCAUCUCCCCCUCCUUCAGCUCCAUCCACCAACUCUUCCUCACCAUCACCGCCUUCUAACUCCUCCAACUCCUCCUCCUCACCACCACCAUCUUCGCCGCCACCAUCCUCCCCGCCACCCGCUUCGCCACCACCAUCCUCUUCACCUCCUCCGUCAUCCUCACCCCCCAAAGUAACCCCUUCCCCACCACCCCAAUCAGAAACCCCUCCCCAAGAAUCUCCUCCCCCCAAGACAUCCCCUUCACCACCACCACAAAACCCUUCGCCACCGCCAACAUCCGGCAGUGCUUCUCCACCUCCUUCGGGCGAUGUUUCUCCACCACCACCAGUAAAAAAACCCACUCCCCAAGCGCCCACUUUCUCUCCUCCACCUCCCACACCAGCUUCUUCACACACGCCACCAUCAUCCUCCGCCGUUACAUUGUCACCUCCACCUCCACGUGCACCAGCAGCCCCAAAAACGUCAACCAAUUCAUCGAAUGCAUCUUCAGACUCAGGCAGCACGCCACCGCCGCCGUCAUCGUCAUCAACAACAUCGUCGUCAUCGUCGUCAUCCUCAAAUGCGUCAGUGAUUGCAGGAUUAUCCAUUGCGGGUGUACUAAUUAUUGCCAUGAUCAUCAUUUGUGUGACAUGUUUAACGAGAAAGAGGAAGAGAAGGUCUUAUAUGGAUCAUGGUCGUGGACCUAGAGGUGAUUAUAUGUACAACACAAUGACGCAGCAGUGGAACAACAAUCCCCAAAAUGUAGAUCAUAUUGUUAAGCUUUCUCCACAAGGACCACAACAAGGUUUAAUGGCGAUGCCUCCUUCACCAACUAUGGGGCUUGGGAUGAACCAGGGUACCUUCACGUAUGAAGAGCUAGCUGCUGCUACGGGUGGAUUUUCUCAGGGCAAUCUUCUGGGUCAAGGUGGGUUUGGGUAUGUACACAAAGGUGUGUUGCCUAAUGGAACAGUGAUUGCGGUUAAGAGUUUGAAGUCAGGUAGCGGGCAAGGAGAGCGGGAGUUCCAGGCUGAGGUUGAUAUCAUUAGCCGUGUCCAUCAUCGCCACCUUGUAUCGCUUGUUGGAUAUUGCAUUGCAGAUGGGCAGCGGAUGUUGGCAUACGAAUUUGUUCCCAAUCAAACUUUGGAAUUUCACCUUCACGGAAAGGGGCAGCCUGUUAUGGACUGGGCAACCAGGCUCCGUAUUGCAUUGGGAUCAGCCAAAGGGCUUGCUUACCUUCACGAAGACUGUCACCCUCGGAUUAUUCAUCGUGACAUCAAGGCUGCUAAUAUUCUCCUUGACAAUAACUAUGAAGCCAUGGUGGCCGAUUUUGGAUUGGCUAAACUUACUACCGACAAUCUAACUCAUGUCUCUACACGUGUCAUGGGAACGUUUGGGUACUUGGCACCAGAGUAUGCAUCAAGCGGCAAGCUCACAGAGAAAUCUGAUGUUUUCUCAUACGGGGUGAUGCUGUUAGAACUCAUAACUGGACGGAAACCUGUGGAUCCUACCAGUAAAUUCAUGGAAGACAGCUUAGUGGACUGGGCUAGGCCUCUCUUAACACGCGCGUUGGAAGAUGGCAACUAUGAUGAGCUGGUGGAUCCACGCUUAGAAAAUAACUUCGUUACCCAUGAGAUGGCACGCAUGGUUGGCUGUGCUUCUGCCUCCUGUCGUCAUUCUGCCAGAAGGCGGCCGAAAAUGAGCCAGAUUGUUCAUGCACUAGAAGGAGAUUCAACACUGGAGGACUUAAAUGAGGGUGUAAAACCAGGCCAGAGCUCCGCCUAUACCUCAACCGAGGGCUCAUAUGAUACAGGUGCAUACAAUGCUGACAUGUUGAAGUUCAGAAAAAUGGUAAUGUCAAGCCAGGAUUUCGAAAGCAGCGAAUAUGGAGCAACAAGCGAGUAUGGCCUCAACCCAUCCUCUUCAAGCAGCGAUUCCAGAGAGAUGUCGGGUCAUUCAGCUCAGGGAACCACAAGAAAAAAACCAAGCGGCGGUGACUCCCGAGAGAUGGCAGGUCAUUCAGUUCAGGGAACCACAGGAAGAAAACUAUAGAACAACCUAACUACAGAACCUCAGGCAUGAGAUGACUAUCUAGCCAAAAGAAGAAAAAUGAAAAGAAAAAAAAAAUGACAAAAAGAAAAAAAGAAAAAAAAAAAAAAAAGGAUGUCUAAACACAAUCCUUUUGGUGAUUACACAUUAUUAAUUUAUUCAUUAUUCUUGACAUGGUUAUAUUUAGAAAAAUUCAUUCUGAGGAGAAAUGAACAAUCCGGUGCACUUGAUGUGUCGCGUGCAUGAAAUUUCUACAUUCUGUACAUCAAGAUAACCCGGGAUUAUCGUUGAAUUGGAUUGGAUUACUCUCCUUCAAUUCUAUGGAUCAGUAUUAAUACAUACAUUUACAUAAACUGCUUGUGUAAUAUACUUCUAAUUUGUGUAAAAUAUUAGGAAUUGCUCUCUUUUGCUCUUUCAAAACAAUGAACAGCUUUAAGAUUUAAGUUUAUUAUUGGUUAGUUUCAAAUUUUAAAUAGCAUAUCUGCAAGAAUGCAAGGAAUUUAAUUAGAUCAGCAGUUUCUGCUGAUUCUGUCAUUGUCUAUAUUGUAAGAUUUGUGUUAUAGAAACUGAACAUAUUCUCUGUAGGUGCAAAACUAUACCAUUUCACUGCUUUAUCAUUAUGUUUGCACCGCUUUUUCUCUUUACUUUGAUGGGAUUAAUAUAAAUUUUGGAUUU